UCUGCAACACAGUUUAGUUUCAAUUAUUACAGCAAAUAACCAGUCAUCUUCUCUUUCUCCACCCCUAUUAUCACUACCACCACACUUCUCUCAUAGUCAUUCAUUCGCCAUAAAAGAAACAGUAAUAAAGAUUUUGUUUUUUUGAGUUUGAGUGUUUGUUUUAGUUUGGAAGUGAGUGACAGACAUUAUUAGAUUAUGUUUAGUUUCUGUAAUAAAUAAAUAAAUAAAAGAUUCGUCAAAGUGAAAAACGUGCAUCGAUACCCCAAAAAUCUCAGUUCCUUGAACGUAUCAUACUCUGCUAACUUGCGCCACUUCUCUCUCUUUUCUCUGCCAUUUUUAUAUUUUCCCAGUUUCAGAAGAUUACAAUCAUUUCAUCGUUUAAAUUAAUCAAAUAAAGCUUUUCACUUUCACUGUUAUUUAGUUUUAGCUUAUAGAGAGGUUGGUUGUUGGUUGUUGUUUUUUUUUUUUUCUUUUGCUUCUUUUUUUGGGGCUAUGGCGGAGGGGUUUGAGCCCUACCAUGUCCCACAACAAAGCAGAAGAGAUAAGCUAAGAAUCAUGGCUCAAAAUGAACCAACAACGGGUGUUUCUCUUUCGGGUUGUUCGGGUUUACUCCCUUUUUAUGACCCUUCUUUCCUUUCUUCCGAUUUGCUAACUUGCGCCGCUGCCGCAGCCGGAAGCCAUGAAUAUCACCACCCUCCUCCGUCGGGUACAAAAGAUGGUGUGAACUUCACAGGCUUUGUUGGUGGGAUUUUCAACUCUUCUCCUUCUUUGGAUCACUUGAACCCUAGCUCCAUUCAUGAUAUGAACAACAACAACAACAACCAAUUUCUUUAUACCCCACAAAACCUGUCUUAUGAUAAUAAUAACGGUGGUGGUGGGGCUGGUGAAGUGGUGGUUUAUAAGCCUGAACCUUUAUCUCUUUCAUUAUCUUCUCAUUAUACCCACCAAAACUCUAGUAUCUAUACUGAUAUGGUUCCAGCCAUUUUUAGUGGUGCUAAUGGUUCAACAUCGAACUCAGUCCCACUCGGUCCUUUCACUGGCUAUGCUUCCAUUUUGAAAGGUUCAAGGUUUUUAAGGCCUGCACAACAGUUAUUAGAAGAGCUUUGUGAUGUUGGUAAGGGAAUUUACACUGAAAAAGCAUCUCUCAUGGAGCUUCCUCCAUUGCAAAAUUCCCACACUAACCCUCUUGACGGCGGAGAUAGCGGCGGAAGCGGCGGCGGCGGUGAUGGUCAAAGGAAAAAAUCAACACUAAUUUCAAUUCUCGACGAGGUUUACAAGAGGUACAAGCAAUACUAUCAGCAGAUGCAAUCCGUUGUUGCGUCGUUCGAAUGUGUCGCCGGACUAGGGAAUGCAGCUCCAUUUGCAAACUUGGCUAUGAAAGCUAUGUCUAAACAUUUCAGGUACUUGAAGAACGCAAUCACCGAACAGCUUCAGUUUACUAAUAAAGCUCAUGCUCAGAUAAGCCCUGGGAAAAACGAAGGUCCGAGGUUCGGAAAUGGUGAUGGAAGCUUUUAUAACAGAGCCGUUCAAAACUCCAGGUUCCUUCAAAACCAACCAGUUUGGCGUCCUCAACGAGGCCUUCCCGAACGUGCAGUGACCGUACUUAGAGCAUGGCUAUUUGAACACUUUCUACACCCUUAUCCGACCGACACGGACAAGCUAAUGUUGGCGAAACAAACUGGUCUUUCACGUAACCAGGUCUCGAAUUGGUUUAUCAAUGCAAGAGUUCGGCUUUGGAAACCAAUGGUGGAAGAAAUACACAUGCUCGAAACACGGCAAAAGGACGAGAGAAAUGCCAACAAGUCAGGCGAUGAAAACCCAUCGACAUCAACCCAAAGGGUUGAAGAGAAUACCCCAUCAAAGCGUACUAGAAAUGAACUUCCCAAUGUACCUGUGGGAAAUGAGCAGCCAAACAUGUCAACCUCCUACAACAGCUUUUCUACCCAUCCGCAUGGCAGCAGUGUUUCCUUAACACUCGGUCUUCAUCAGAACAACAGUAUCGGAUUAUCUGAGUCCUUCCCCAUAAACGCGGCUCAACGUUUCGGUCUUGGCCUCGAGGUAAACAGUGAGGGUUACGUUAUUGGUGGUCGGCAUUUCGGAAGGGAUGUUGUCGGAGGGCAGCUUUUGCAUGAUUUUGUGGGUUGAAAACAAAUGUUACAAGCAAAAAAAGAAGAAAAAAGCUUUUUCUGAUCAUUAUUAUUCAAUUGAAUAGAGUUAUUAAUAUAAUUGCAAAGGGUUUCAUGUAGAUGAGCUAUAUAUUUAUUAUAAGCAGAGUGGGAAGCUGAAAAGCAUGGUUAGGGUUAUGUAAAUUUAUAAUUUAUAUGAUGAAAAAAUUAAAUAUUUUGAUGCCAUGA